AUGGAGGCUCUACUGCAGCAGUCCCGUUCUAUGUGCCCAUUCCUCAAGCGCACAUCCCCCACCACCCUCCGCACGCUUUCGACCGCAACUCGUCCCAACUCCAGCCCCGGAGGCGGCACUAUGUCCAAUUUGCAGGUCCUCGCUCGCCGCUGCCCCGUCAUGAACAAGGCACUGGCUGUGCAGAGUGCCCGCCUGAGCGGUAGCAAGCGUUUCACCUCGCGUGCCGCCGGAGUCGCCGCAUUCCAGCCCAUGCGGGCCCCCACCGGCAAGCGGGACCUGCACAGUUCUAGUGGGAACCCCGCCAGUCUCGCUUCUGGGGGAUACCAGAAAAACGAACGAGAGAGAGAGCACCAUCUGACCAAUCCGCUUCGUUCGCCGUCUGCCGCUGCCGAGGCCGUGCUCCGGGGUCCCCCCAGCGCCCCUAACUGCAAGCCCUACGACUACCAUGGCUUCUAUGAUGCAGAGUUGGAGAAGAAGCGCAAGGACAAGUCCUACCGCUACUUCAACAACAUCAACCGUCUCGCCAAGGAGUUCCCCCGCGCUCACACUGCCUCCGCCGAGGAACGGGUGACUGUCUGGUGCUCCAAUGACUACCUCGGUAUGGGACGCAACCAGCAGGUCUUGGAUACCAUGCACCAAACGCUGGAUAACUAUGGUGCUGGCGCAGGUGGUACCCGUAACAUUUCGGGCCACAACCAACACGCUGUCACUUUGGAGAAGACCCUCGCCAAGUUGCACGGCAAGGAGGCUGCUUUGGUGUUCAGCUCUUGUUUCGUGGCUAACGAUGCCACUUUGGCUACCCUCGGCAGCAAGCUGCCUGACUGUGUCAUCCUUUCGGAUAGUCUCAACCAUGCCUCUAUGAUUCAAGGCAUUCGUCACUCUGGUGCGAAGAAGAUGGUCUUCAAGCAUAACGAUUUGGAGGACCUCGAAACCAAGCUGGCCUCGCUGCCACUCAGCACCCCCAAGAUCAUUGCAUUCGAAUCCGUGUACAGCAUGUGCGGAUCAAUUGCCCCCAUUGAGAAGAUCCAGGAUCUCGCCGAGAAGUACGGUGCCAUCACCUUCUUGGAUGAAGUCCACGCCGUUGGCAUGUACGGCCCACACGGAGCCGGAGUUGCCGAGCAUCUCGAUUACGACAAGUGGGAUUCGCAGGACACUGCUUCCCCGCAAAACACCAAGGGCACUGUCCAGGACCGCAUCGAUAUCAUCACCGGUACCCUGGGCAAGGCCUACGGUAGUGUCGGUGGCUACAUCGCCGGCUCUGCCGCCAUGGUUGAUACUAUUCGCUCGCUCGCUCCUGGCUUCAUCUUUACCACCUCCCUUCCACCCUCCACCAUGGCCGGUGCCAACACCGCCAUCGAAUACCUCGCCCAGGAACCCCGCGAAAGAACCCUCCAGCAAUUGCACACUCGUGCUGUCAAGAAAUCCCUCAACGAUCUGGAUAUCCCCGUCAUCCCUAACCCCUCCCACAUCGUUCCCCUCCUCGUCGGUGAUGCCGAGCUCGCAAAGAAGGCAUCCGACAAACUCCUCGAGGAGCACGGAAUCUACGUGCAGGCCAUCAACUACCCCACCGUUCCCCGCGGCGAGGAACGUCUGCGCAUCACCCCAACCCCAGGCCACGUGAAGCCCCUGCGCGACCACCUCGUCGAGGCCGUCCAAGCCGUCUGGAACGACCUCGGUCUCAAGCGCACCAGCGACUGGAAGGCCCAGGGCGGAUUCGUCGGUGUUGGUGUCGAGGGCGCCGAAGCCGCUAACUUGCCUAUCUGGGAGGACGCUCAGUUGGGUCUGCAGGCUGGCGAGACUAUCGAGGCUGCUGUUGCUCGUGAGUUCAACGAUGCCCCUCGGGCUCCUGCUCUGAAGACUGCUACCCCUUUGACUGAGAAGGCUCACUCUGGCCUGAACACCCCGGUUGGUGUCGCCGCCUAG